AUGGUGGGCGGCGAUGGUGGUGAUGGUGAAGAUGAUGAUGGGGAUAUGAAGGGGUGUGAAAGCAUGGAGAGCCCCAACACGAGCCACUGGUCUGAGCCCAACUGGACGGCACCGCAGGAAUUUGUCAUCCUAGGUUUCUCGGGGUGGCCCCCGGGCCUCCGCGUGCUGCUCUUCUCUCUCCUCUUGCCGCUCUACUUGGCCACCCUGGCUGGGAACCUGCUCAUUCUGGGCCUGGCCCUGGCAGAACCCACUCUGCACACACCCAUGUACUUCUUCUUAGGUUCCCUGUCUGCAGUUGAGGUGGCCUACACCCUGGUACUCACCCCACGGAUGCUGGCUGGGUUUCUCCUGCCUCCCGGUGGCCAGGCGGUGGCGCCUUCUACCUGCGCGGCCCAAAUGGGUCUCUUCGUGGCUCUGGGUGGCUCUGAGUGCCUGCUGCUGGCAGCCAUGGCCUUGGACCGCUACCUGGCUAUCUGCCGCCCUCUCUACUACCCUCAGCUCAUGACCACUGGGCUCUGCUGGGCCCUUCUAGCUUCCUGUUGUGUGGGUGGCUCUGUCCUAGCCUUAGGUCUCACCACUGUUAUAUUCCAGCUGCCCUUCUGCCACGGCGGCCUCGUCAAUCACGUCUUCUGUGACCUCCCAGCUGUGUUGGUUCUGGCCUGUGGGAACCGGGACCUUCAGGAACACGCGUUACUGGCAGCCUGCAUGCUUCUGCUGGUGCUGCCCCUAAUCCUUAUCUUAAUGUCCUACACCAGGGUACUGGUGGUCAUCCUGGGGGUGGGGGAUGGUGCUGGCCGCCGCAAGGCCUUCAACACGGUGGCGUCCCAUCUCACGGUGGCUGUCCUCCACUAUGGCUGUGCCACAGCCAUGUACGCCAGACCCCUGAGAAGCCGCUCCCUGGAGGAAGAUAAGCUCGUGUCCCUCAUUUACAUAAACCUCACACCGCUCUUGUACCCAGCCAUCUACACACUGCGCAACCGGGACAUGCAGGGCGCCCUCCAACGGGUAGUCAGCCAGAGGACGAUGGGGGCGGUCCAGCAAGCUGAUCCGGCCUAA